GAUCAAAUAUGCCUAUAAAUAUAACCUUCACUUCUUCACUUCUUCUCAUCACUCCCUUUCACUACUCCUUUUAAUUGUUAUUAUCAACUCAUCAAAUGGAAUUCUCCAUAGUCCCUUGCUUCUUCUUUGCUUUCUUCUUCAUCUUGUUUCUAAUCCGUUCCCUCCUGAAAUCCAUCUCAUCGAAAGGCGCAAAUUUGCCGCUUCCGCCGGGUUCCUUGGGUUGGCCAUACAUAGGGGAGACCUUCCAACUCUACUCCCAAAACCCAAAUGACUUCUUUGCCUCAAAACAGAGGAGGUAUGGCUCCAUCUUCAAGACUCACAUCUUGGGGUGCCCUUGUGUCAUGAUCUCGAGCCCGGAGGCCGCGAAAUUCGUGCUCGUCACGAGAUCCCAUCUCUUCAAGCCCACAUUCCCCGCCAGCAAAGAGAGGAUGCUGGGCAAACAGGCCAUCUUCUUCCACCAAGGCGACUACCACGCCAAGCUGAGGAAGCUCGUCCUUCGCGCCUUCAUGCCUGAAGCCGUCAAGAACAUCAUCCCCAACAUCGAAACCAUCGCCAAAGACUCUCUUCAAUCUUGUCAAGGCCGUUUGGUCAACACCUUCCAUGAAAUGAAGACGUUUGCUUUCAACGUGUCACUACUUUCAAUAUUUGGAAAAGACCAAGAGCUAUGCAGGGAGGAUUUGAAGAGGUGCUACUUCAUACUAGAGAAGGGAUACAAUUCAAUGCCCAUAAACUUUCCCGGUACACUCUUCCACAAAGCGAUGAAGGCCAGGAAGGAGUUGUCCCAGAUCUUGGCCAAGAUCAUCUCCACUAGAAGGCAGGCCCAGCAGAGCCAAACCCACAACGACCUCCUUGCCUCCUUCAUGGGCGACAUCGAAGGCCUCACUGACGACCAAAUCGCCGACAACAUCAUCGGCGUAAUCUUCGCAGCACGUGACACCACCGCAAGCGUCUUGACGUGGAUCGUCAAGUACCUCCGAGAGAACCCCGGUGUUCUUGAAGCCGUCACCGAAGAGCAACAGUCCAUAUUGAAGGGUAAAGAAGGGAGUGGUGAAGAUAAGGUUCUCACUUGGGCAGAUACCAAAAGGAUGCCUGUGACCUCCAGAGUUAUUCAAGAGACUCUUAGAGUCGCUUCAGUUUUGUCUUUUACCUUCAGAGAAGCUGUGGAAGAUGUUGAAUAUGAAGGAUAUCUUAUACCAAAAGGGUGGAAAGUCUUGCCACUUUUCAGGAACAUCCAUCACAGCGCAGAUUUCUUUCCAGAGCCUGACAAAUUUGAUCCCUCCAGAUUUAAGGUUGCUCCCAAACCGAACACAUACAUGCCAUUUGGAAAUGGGACCCACGCAUGUCCUGGGAAUGAAUUGGCUAAGCUGGAGAUGCUGGUCCUGCUACACCAUCUAACCACAAAGUACAGGUGGUCUGUAGUGGGUGCACAGAAUGGGAUUCAGUAUGGCCCUUUUGCUCUUCCCCAGAACGGCUUGCCCAUCAUAUUACAUCCCAAAACUUAGAACUGGGAAUAACAACAACAACUUGCCAUAAUGCCCUACAACAAGCAAAAGCAAAAAACUCACUCCCAAAUUGAGCAAAAUUUUCUUGACAAAAAAAAAAACCACUUUCUACAAGAGAAGAAGAUAGAGAGAGAGAGAGAGAGAGAAAAGC